GUUAUUAAUAUCUUGAUUUAUCAUGUCCCAGAGUCAAUUUAAUGAAGAAGAAGACGCUGGAUAUUUACGUAUAUCCAAGCUUGAAGAAUGUGGUAUUUCAGCAACCGAUGUCAAAAAGUUAAAAGAUGCUGGUUUCUAUACUGUAGAGUCCAUUGCUUAUGCACCCAAGAAAGCCUUACUUGCUAUUAAGGGUAUUUCAGAAACCAAAGCAGAUCGUCUUUUGGCAGAAGCUUCCAAGAUUGUGAAUAUGGGUUUUACUACUGCGAUGGAUGUUCAUCAACGUAGACAAGAAAUUGUAUAUAUCACAACAGGUUCCAAAGAACUUGAUCGUGCAUUAGGUGGUGGUAUUGAGACUGGAUCUAUUACAGAAAUUUUUGGUGAAUUUAGAACAGGAAAGAGUCAGUUAUGCCAUAUGCUAUCUGUUACUGCGCAGCUGCCUAUCAGUAUGGGUGGAGGACAAGGCAAAUGCUUAUUUAUUGACACAGAAAAUACCUUUAGAACUAGCCGUAUCUCCUCUAUAGCACAACGAUAUUCAUUGGAUGCAGAAGAAACACUUGACAAUAUUGCUUAUGCUCGCGCCUUUAAUACAGAUCACCAAACUUCUCUCUUGAUUCAAGCAGCAGCCAUGAUGUCUGAAGCUCGAUUUUCUGUGCUAAUUGUGGAUUCUGCUAUGCACCUUUAUCGUACUGAUUUCGCUGGUCGUGGUGAAUUGGCCGCUCGUCAAACUCAUUUAGCUCAAUUCUUGCGUCAAUUACAACGACUGGCUGAUGAAUUUGGUGUAGCUGUUGUGAUUACAAAUCAAGUUGUGGCCCAAGUAGAUGGUGCUGCUUCCAUGUUCAACCCAGACCCCAAGAAGCCUGCUGGAGGUAACAUUAUUGCACAUGCUUCUUGCACUAGACUUUAUCUUCGCAAGGGACGUGGCGAAAAUCGUAUAUGUAAGAUCUACGAUUCGCCUUCUUUACCUGAAACUGAAUGCACAUUCUCUAUUAUGGAGGACGGUAUUGGUGAUGCAGUCGAAUAGUUCUUUUGUAACAUAAUCAAAUUGUAAAUUCCCCCUUCUAUUCAUGCAUAAUUACAGUAUCAUAAUUUCAGUUUUUUUGUCUUGUAAAAAAAAGCAACUAUUUUUGCAUGAUUGCAAAAUUGCAAUUGCCAU